AUGUGGUUUGCCUUUGUGGAAAACACCCCUGUUUGCGAAUGGUUGGGUAAAUUGACUGUUAUCGAAGACGAGCUGGAUGUGACUGGCUUGGCCGGGUUUUUGGUCGAGAUCUCCAGCCCAUCCAAUGACAGUUCAAAUUGGCAGUCUUUGGGUGUUAUCCAGCGCGAAGCUUCAGACUCGUCAUUGUCAAGCUCAUUAGAAGCCAUGGCGCUUGCUUUCUCCAAACCUUUGGAUUUUAGAAUGUCCACCAACUUAUCAAUAUACUCCUCAUUCUGGUUAAACAAGGCAGGACUCGAUCCAAGGAUCCCAUUGGUCGAUAGCCUGGUCACCAUGGUAUCACGAAUGUCCUGUUUCGACUUUGGCUGUUCCCUUGUAUGGACCCUGAAGAGGAAUGUCCAAGUACUCGCUCUGGACCUUGGUCAACUUGGUGAGUUUGACGCCCAAGUGGUUCAAGUGGCAGGCAGCAACGGUCUCGUCCAAGAUCUUUGGCAAGGUGUGGACACCAAUGUCGAAAGGACCAGUCUUCUCGAACUCUGCAAACUUCUUUCUGAAGUCAGCAUCGUCAGCCUUGAACAGAGCAAUUUGAGCAAGAACCUGGUUGGAGAAAGAACAGGACAUGACAAACGAAGCGUGUCCGGUGGCACAUCCCAAGUUGACCAAUCUACCGUCAGCAAGCAAAAUCACGUGCUUACCGGACUUGAGCAAGUAUCUGUCAACCUGUGGCUUGAUGUUGACUGCGUCAACGGCAUUGGCCUUAAGCCAAGCAACGUCGAUCUCAACGUCGAAGUGACCAAUGUUACACACAAUGGCGUCCUCUGGCAUGACGGCGAAGUGCUCACCAGUGAUGAUGUCUCUGCAACCGGUGGUGGUAACGAAGAUUUGACCUUGUGGGGCAGCCUCCUCCAUGGUGGUGACCUGGUAGCCGGAAACAGCAGCCUGCAAAGCGUUGAUAGGGUCGACCUCAGUAACGAUGACUCUAGCACCCAUACCUCUCAGAGCCAUGGCACAACCUUUACCAACGUCACCGAAACCAGCAACAACGGCAACUUUACCAGCGAUCAUGACAUCGGUGGCUCUCUUGAUACCAUCGACCAAAGACUCUCUGCAACCGUACAAGUUGUCGAACUUGGACUUGGUGACGGAGUCGUUGACGUUGAUGGCUGGAACCUUGAGGUUGCCCUCCUUCAACAUCUUGUACAAGUGGUGGACACCAGUGGUGGUCUCCUCAGAAAGUCCGAAACAGUCCUUCAACAUAUCUGGGUGCUUCUCGUGGACAAGGGAGGUCAAGUCUCCACCAUCGUCCAAGAUCAAGUUGAGCUUCUUGUUGUCCUUGAAAGCAAACAACUGUUGCUCAAUACACCACAAGUACUCCUCCUCGGUCUCACCCUUCCAGGCGAAAACUGGAACACCAGCAGCAGCAAUGGCAGCAGCAGCGUGGUCCUGGGUGGAGUAGAUGUUACAAGAAGACCAGGUAACCUCAGCACCAAGAGCGACCAGGGUCUCGAUCAGAACAGCAGUCUGGACAGUCAUGUUUUGGACACCCGUCGUUCCGGAAUUGCUGGACUGUUAGUCAUCUUGGCGGAUGUCGUAUCUUGUUCCGGUACUUACGUUCAUCGAUUGCACCAGCCCGCACAACAUGCAGGCUCUGUUGAGCUUUGGAGCCGGUCUACCUCUUUUUUGCGACAUGAGCUUUUUUCCGUAUUUGAGGAAGGCGCUCAGCUAAUUUCGGCAGCCCAUGCUGCGGUGGGGCUCCCGUGGUGGGCCUUUAUUCCGCUGGCAACGUUUGCUGUUCGUACGGUGACCACGCUGCCGCUCGCAGUGUACCAAAGAAAAGGCUUACAAAGACAAAACGAGCUGCGACCGAUGAUCGGGGCUACUUUUCCCGUGUCCAAGAUUCGACUGGCAGCCAGCGCACAGGCUGCGCAGCAGAACGCACGGGCCAAUCCCUCAAGCAUCAUCAAGACAGAGGCAGAGAAACUAUCUGCUGACAAGAUCAUCGUUCUAGCUUCAAAGGAGAGAAUGAGACGUCAGCGGCAGAUUUUUAAAGACAACGGGUGUCAGUCGUGGAAGUUCCUGUUUCUGCCUGCUCUGCAGAUCCCGUUAUGGAUCACGUUGUCCCAAUCGUUCCGGGUACUCACUGGCUGGACCGACGUCGGGGCCAUGCCACUGGACCCUACACUGUCAACAGAAGGACUCGGGUACUUGGUGAACCUGACUUUUUCUGAUCCGUACUUUGUGCUACCAAUUACUUUGGGAAUUACAGCCUUGACCAAUGCAGAGUGGAAUUUCCGUACUGCAGACCUGAUGAAGCUCACCACGAGAGGCGUGAAGAACACCUUGAGACCCACCGCGUUUGAUAGUGUCAUUACAUUAUCCAGAAUGAGUAUCUGUUUCCUGGUUGUUCUCUCCACCUAUGCUCCUGCUGCCUUAUCGUUAUACUGGAUCAGUUCGAACGUGUUCUCCUUUAUCCAGAAUGUUUUGUUGAACAAACUGAUUCCGCUCAGAUACACUCCGUACGCGCGGUCGUCGUCGUCGCCCAAGAAGCGAGCUGACCAGUCCUGUGUCGAAGAUUCGAGGUCUCGUGUUCCAGUUACGCAUUCGGAUACUCCAGAAACGGGUGAAGAUACGGACACUAAAGUCGUCUGCACAGUAGAAUCCGAGAAUUUGGCCCUGGAUUCGGUCGCCCAGCGCAGAUACAUGCAGUUCAUCGUCAUUUAA